ACUACUGAAACAGGAAGCUGGUGAGCUGGAGCUGCCUGAUCGUUACACACAGACACAGAGGCAGCUCUGGCAGCUCCUGUACUGGCAUUCUGGUUUCCUCCAGCUGCAGCCAUGGAUCAGUGCUGGUACCACGGCAACAUCACUCGCUCCAGAGCCGAAGACCUGCUCUCCAAAAUAGGCAAGGAUGGCAGCUUCCUUGUGCGGGCCAGUGAGUCCAUUGCUUCGGCGUAUGCACUCUGCGUGCUGUUUCGGAACUGUGUUUAUACCUACCGAAUUCUGCCUGAUAAAGAAAAGAGGCUGAUUGUCCAGGCAUCAGAAGGAGUUCCUGUGAAGUAUUUUGAUAACUUGGAGGAACUGAUAGAAUUUUACAAGAAAGAGAACAUGGGGCUGGUGUGGCACCUCAAAUACCCCGUGCCACGAGAGGAGGAGGAGGCUGCCGACGAACCAGAGGAGGAUGCUGACCAGGUACCCACGCCUCCCAUCCUGCCCCCACGCAACAUCCUCAUGGCAUUGCCGGGCAGCGAGACGAAGGACGUGUCUUCUCUCCCUGAAAACUCCAGGGUGGCAGAUGUCAACAAGCUGUCCCUUUCUGAGACACUACUCCAGCGACUGCAGUACCAGGACACAAGCAGUGUCUCUGAUGAGCACCUUAAACUCAUCCAGGAUUACCUGCGAGUUCACAUCAUCAGUGACUUAGAGAUGGUGCAGACUGGUUCAAGCAAUCUUCCCCAGCUGAAGAAGCUGCUGGCACUUCUUUGCAAAGGACUCUUCAGUGAAGCCUCCCGGACCCUCCCAUCUCUGGAGUCCAUCCAGAAGGUGUUUGAGCAGCAGCUGCACCCUGGCAUCCAUCAGCGCUCGCAGAUGCUUGGUGAAGCCAGUCCAGUCAAUAUUGUACUGAAACUCAAUCAGCUGGUCUCAUUGCUGUCUUCCAUUGAGGAGAAGGUGAAAACAUUGUUGAUCGAAGGUCCUGAUUCAACACACCGCCGUUCCCUCAUCCCCCCUGUAACUUUUGAGGUGAAAGCCGAUUCUCUGGGAAUUUUCUCAAAAAUACAUCUCAAGGUUGACGUGGAAAUGGGAAAACUGAUUAUCAAGAGAGCUAAGGAUGGCCCAGAAGACAAAUUUUAUACUCAUAAGAAAAUCUUGCAGCUUAUCAAGUCUCAGAAGGUCCCUAACAAACUGGUCAUCGUGCUGGAAACAGAAAAAGAAAAAACACAGCGGAAGGAAUAUGUUUUUUCUGAUUCCAAGAAGAGAGAAGGGUUCUGCCAGCUUCUGCAGCAGAUGAAGAAUAAACACUCUGAGCAACCAGAGCCUGAUAUGAUCACUGUCUUCAUUGGGACCUGGAAUAUGGGCGCUGCUCCUCCCCCAAAGAAGAUCACCUCGUGGUUUCUCUCCAAGGGGCAGGGGAAGACACGAGAUGACACCGCUGACUACAUUCCUCAUGACAUCUACGUCAUUGGCACCCAGGAGGAUCCCCAAGGAGAGAAGGAAUGGCUGGAGACCCUGAGACAAUCCCUGCAGGAAAUCACCAGCAUCAGCUUCAAAGUGAUAGCAAUCCAUACCCUGUGGAAUAUCAGGAUUGUCGUACUGGCCAAGCCAGAACAUGAGAACCGGAUCAGCCACAUCUGCACAGACAACGUGAAGACAGGCAUUGCCAACACACUGGGUAAUAAAGGAGCUGUGGGGGUGUCGUUCAUGUUUAACGGAACCUCCUUUGGGUUUGUUAACAGCCAUUUGACUUCAGGAAGUGAAAAGAAACACAGACGCAACCAGAACUACACGAGCAUCCUGCGCUUCCUGACGCUGGGAGAUAAGAAACUGAGUCCGUUUAACAUCACUCAUCGUUUUACUCAUCUCUUCUGGCUGGGAGACCUGAACUACCGCGUGGAGCAGCCCCCAACGGAAGCAGAGAAUAUUAUCCAGAAGAUCAGGCAGCAGCAAUAUCCGGAGCUGCUGGCUUUCGACCAGCUUCUCAUAGAGAGAAAGGACCACAAGGUGUUCCUGCAGUUUGAGGAAGAAGAGAUUACUUUCGCUCCCACCUACCGUUUUGAAAGAGGGACCCGAGAGAAGUAUGCUUACACCAAGCAGAAAGCAACAGGGAUGAAGUACAAUUUGCCAUCCUGGUGUGAUCGAGUGCUCUGGAAAUCAUACCCCAUGGUGCACGUUGUGUGUCAGUCCUAUGGCUGCACCACCGACAUCACCACCAGUGACCACAGCCCUGUCUUCGCCACCUUUGAAGUGGGAGUGACCUCACAGUUUGUUUCAAAGAACGACUCCAAGUACAUGAACACCCAAGGGGAGAUAGAGUUCCUGCACUGCUUCGCUACGCUGAAGACCAAGUCUCAGACCAAGUUCUACAUUGAAUUUCACUCCAGCUGCUUAGAAAGCUUUGUAAAGAGCCAGGAAGGAGAAAAUGAGGAUGGAAGUGAAGGGGAGCUUGUGGUCAAGUUUGUGGAUGCUCUUCCAAAGCUGACUCCAAUUAUUUCAGACCCAGAAUACCUUCUGGAUCAACACAUCCUGAUCAGCAUUAAGUCAUCAGACAGUGAUGAAUCUUAUGGGGAAGGCUGCAUUGCCCUGCGAAUAGAAGCAACAGAAUCCUUAGUUCCUAUCCAUACUGUGCUGACACACCAUGGCGAGAAAACAGGGGUCUUCCAAGGUGAAAUCAAGUUACAAACAUCACAAGGAAAACAAAGAGAGAAACUGUAUGAUUUUGUCAAGAUUGAACGUGAUGAAAUUGCUGGGCAGAAACCAAAGAACACCAACAACUUAGAGCUGAACAAAGACAGCGAUCAGCUUAGCAGAAAAUCAAAAUCUACUCAUCUGAUGGCCAAAGAGGCUGCAGCCAUUGCUCGCUAUAGGGGGAAUGCUUCCUCUUCUCCAGACAGCCUGGCAAAGGAGGAUAUGUUACGCAGCUGCACUCCCACAGACAUCAGCAACCCCAACUACAUGGGGAUGGCUGCUUUCCCUCAGCAACCAUUUGCUGCCAGCCAGCUGAAGCAGGCAGCAUCACCGGACCAGCCAUCCUCUCUCUGGAACUACGAGCAGCAGCCCAAAGACAGCAGCUCUGUCAUGGGACAGAGGGAAUCAUCCUCCACAUCGCCCUCCUUGUCCCCUCUGUCUCCAAAACCAUCUCUGCAGAUUCCAGUGAACAGAAGCAUCUGUAAUAGGAGUCAGGAGCACCUGCCACCCGACCUGGGGAAGAACACAGCAGAGCCUUUGCUUCAAGAAGAGGGACAGCAAAAGCCGGAGAUGAUUGAGAACCCCCUGUAUGGUUAUACAGCCUCUAAGGGCAAGGCGGCAGCAAAGAAAGAGCAGGACUACCCCAAGGCCUCGCGAAAAGAGCAGCUGCCACUGCCUGAGCAGAGCUUUCACCUCACCAAGUCACAGGAGCCAGAGAGCAGCAAAAGCUCCAGCAAACAGCCAUCGCCGCCCUUCCUGGUCCCCACGCAGCGCUUCCGCUCCUACACCUGCUCCGGCCAGUCCGAAGAAAAGAAUGUGGGUGAAAAGACUCAAGGCAAACCGAAGGCGGCUGCGUCGUCCGAAAACUCAGCGCUGCUCAAAAAAUCGGUCAAGCCGUUGAGGUCUGAGGUCAGCUCGGGUGUCCAAGGACAGCUCAGCAGGCCGCCCCUGCCCUCCAAGAGCCGGGCAGUGCUGGACAUGCAGAGCUCCAAGGGCCGAGACUACCGGGACAGUUCUGAACUGCCGCACGCCGGCAAGCAUCGGAUAGAAGAGGGACCGCUCGGCAGGACGACCACACCGUGAAAGCAACGUGGCAGAUGGCACGCCGGGAGGAGACCUGAUGGGAAGAAAGAUGGAGAUUACAGCUUUGUUCACACUGAAAAUCUCUGGUCUGGUUCUACAGAGACUGGGGGGUCUUUAUUUCUGAGAGUGUGUCUCUCUAUGAUAAUGAAAGUGUUGUAGCUGAGAAGUUUAACCUGUGUUGCUCAGACCAAGAGGGGCCAGGACCACUGACACAAGUUAGCCUUCUGUCACUAUGGCACUGCCAUUAAGAGGCAGGUGGCUAAGCACACACAUCAGUCAAUGUUUUGGAAAAAGAGGAAGGUACGGUGUGAGGACCAGGAGAUGGAAGGGGGGGUGUAUUUAGAGAACCCCUUUUUUACAAAAGCAAUUUUCUGUUGUUCUGUGUUGCAGCAUUCCUAAUAAAGAGUGAUAUGUAAAAGAAAGCAUUCUGAAAGCGGUACAGCUCCAGAGUAUGUCAAAUCUGUGCAGUAGGGAGCUAGGGGAGGGUGGGAAAAGUGUUUUAAUAACAGAUAUUGAUGAAUGUCACACACUGCCAGUGGAGCCAGCUUUGCCUCUUGUGUGAGCUUGCAGGCUGCAUCUGUGCAUCCAUGCAGAGGGUGAGGGCUGGCCAAGGCACGGUAGCUCCUUUUCCCACCCCCUUUUUUUUCCCUAGCAGAGAGAGGUUUUAUACCCCUAAGAAGAAAAGGGAAAUAUCAGAACCACGUGCAGAAAUGGGAAGGAAUAGGCAAGGUCUAUAUGCAGCCGAGGAGUAUAGCAGCCAUCCCAGCCUUCCCUAUGGCAAACACUCUGCUCUUGGAAGACACUGGCUGGCUGGUUUUGUAGCAUUCUUAAUAGAUUAAUGCUGACCUUACCGUACACUUUUUGUUUAUUGUUGGAGAAUGAAUAAUGUUAACAUAAUUGUGAUUUCUGUUAUAUCCGUGUCAAGUAUUAAUGUGGUGGUUACAAUUAGGCAAUGCCUGUUUGUGACUUAAUCAUUGCUCUUGUUUCCAUGUUGAUUACUUAAAAAUAAUAAAAUAGUCACUUUUCUGAUCGUU